GGGCGGGCCCGAGCCGGCAAGAUGGCGGCGGGAGUGCGGCGUCGCGAGGGUCUGCGGUUCCCCGCGCGCCGCAGCCCCCCUCCUGCACCCCUCGCGCUGCCGCUCUCCCGCGUCAAACUCAUCAUGAAGAGCUGCCCCGACGUGUCGAGCAUCAACCAGGACGCGCUCGUCCUCACCGCCAAAGCCACGGAAUUAUUUGUGCAACAUCUUGCCACAUAUGCAUACAAGAGCAACAGUUCUGAAAAAAAGGAGCUCACCUACAAUGACCUAGCUGACUGUGUGGAGAACUGUGAAACAUUCCAGUUUCUAGCUGAUAUUUUACCAAAAAAGAUCUUGGCAAGUGAAUAUCUGAAGAUGCUCGAGGAAGAGAAAGAUGGAGUUGGUGGUGCUGAAGCAGAUGGUGAAAAUGAUGAGGAUGAUGAUGAGGAGGAAGAGGAUGAAGAUGAAGAAGAAAACGAGUCCUAAGGAAUACCAUUUGACCAUACCAACUUGUUCAAGAUUGUAUAGAGCAAGAAGAAUUUAAAAAUAAUACAAUGCUGUUGAGCAUUGAGCAAAUUUGCCACAAGUUUACAUGUGCAUAAUUUCUAAAUUCCAUAAAAUUAGCCACUAUGAAGAGGAGAUGGGAAGUCUGUGGUUAGUGUUCAGUUUCUUCCGUUCAUUGAAGGGAAGAUGUCUUUUUCUGAAGAUUUUUUCUUGUUUGAUAUUAAUGACAAUGGCAAACAAUAUAAAAUGUAUAUAUGUGAUAUAUACUUUUGUAUAUUUGAAAAAUAAAUGUUACCCUCCAGAA